CAGGAUCACAGAUAUAAGGCAGUCACCAGUGGCUAUGGAGUACAUUUUCUGCGGGACAGCACGAGUACAGUAUCAGACCUCACAGAAACAUGGUAUGGACAAUAUUCUUACUGCUUAAUGGACUGCUUAUACUAAUCCUCCUUUACUCCACUCGUACAAGGCAGAAAAAUGAGCCACCUCUGGACAAAGGUUUCAUUCCAUGGCUGGGGCACGCGCUCGAGUUUGGAAAGGAUGCUGCAAAGUUUUUGGCUCGGAUGAAAGAAAAACAUGGGGAUAUAUUCACAGUCAGAGUUGCUGGUCAUUAUGUGACAGUGCUGUUGGAUCCAAACUCUUUCGAUGCUGUGAUAAAUGACUCAGUGUUCUUGGACUUCACCCGCACCAGACAGCAGCUCCUAAAAAGGAUAUUCAGUCUCCAGCUGCCAAGCAUCAAGCCCACAGCAGAGAGGAAAUGGAUGGAACAGCAUUUUCAAGGUCUCCAUCUGUCCAAGCUCAGCAGCUCCAUGAAUAUGCACCUUCAGAACCUGCUGCUGAGUGAUAACAAAGGCUGCAGCCCUUCAGAGUGGCAACACGACGGGCUGUUCAGCCUGUGUUACAGCCUGCUUUUCAGGGCUGGAUAUCUCACGCUGUUCGAUAGGAAAGACAAUGCUGCUGCUGUCUACAAAGAGUUCCGCACGUUUGACAAUCUCCUCACCAAGUUGGCUCGCUCCUCACUCAAGCGAGGGGAAAGCAAAACAGUCAACUCAUCCCGGGAGCGACUGUGGGAGCUGCUGUCUCCAAGCUGGCUGAGCGGAGAGUCACAGUCGAGCACCUGGCAACAGAGCUACCAUCACUUCCUGCAGCGGGAGGGGGUGGAUGCAGAAAUGCAGAAAAGAGCUUUACUCCUGCAACUGUGGACCACACAGUGUAACGCUGGACCUGCUGCCUUUUGGCUCCUUGGCUUCCUGCUCACUCACCCUGAGGCCAUGGAGGCUGUUAAAUCAGAGAUCAGACGCCUUACUCUCCGGGACACUUCCCUACAGCGUCGCCCCAUCAACCAGCUGGAAGCACACAGCACACCUGUGUUUGAUAGCGUUCUGAGCGAGACCCUACGGCUCACCGCCGCUGUAAUGAUCAACAGAGAGGUGAUGCAGGAUAAGAUCCUGUGCAUGGCCGAUGGACGGGAGUACCACCUCAGACAGGGGGACAGAGUGUGUCUGUUCCCCUUCCUCAGCCCUCAAAUGGACCCAGAGAUACACCAAGACCCACAGGUCUUCAAGUAUGAUCGUUUCUUAAAUGAAGAUAUUACAGUGAAGGAUAAAUUCUACAAGGAUGAAAAAAGAUUGAAGUACUACACCAUGCCUUGGGGCGCAGGGAGAAACAUGUGCAUUGGGAAGGAGUUUGCAGUCACAGCCAUUAAACAGUUUGUGUUCUUGCUGUUGACCCAUCUUGAUGUGGAGCUGUGUGACCCAGAGGCUAAACUGCCAGCAGUUAAUCCCAGUCGCUACGGCUUUGGGAUGCUCCAGCCAGACGGAGAUCUGCAGGUUCGAUACCGACUAAAGACGCAGGAUGAAAUGUGACUUGAUAAUUUGAUUAUAUGUACAAAUUGUUGAUUGAUAAACCUUUUUGUCACAUGCACUGUAUCACUAUUUAUUGUGUGUUGUCUUUACUGAAUGCACCUAUGUAUCAUAUUUAACUACACCUGUGUGUAAUUAAUAUUUUUUAUUAAAAAAGGUAAAAACUAA